UUUUGUGCUGUCGUAAAACCCACGUGUCCAGCCGGGAGGCUGCCAGAGAGUGGAGCGGAGGAGCCGGGACGCGGCGGCCGGCUGGCGUAGCAACCCACCGUGACUCUGUCCCGCGCCGGGGUCCCGCUGCGCUCCCGCGCUCCAGCCGCACUGGUUUCCCGCGCUCCGUGGGCCUCCGUAACCCUUGCCGGAUGCCCAGGUCUCCCUCCCUCACGGCCGGAGGCAUGUAGCGCACUCGGGUUGCCCACGCUCCCUCACGCCCCCGGAGACACGAGUACACACGCACCCGCCGGCGGCGGCUGCCGGUCUUCAGCACGAGGCGUCGGACAUGCUGAAGCCCGGAGACCCCGGCGGCUCGGCCUUCCUCAAAGUGGACCCAGCCUAUCUGCAGCACUGGCAGCAACUCUUCCCGCAUGGCGGCGGCGGUGGCCCGCUCAAAGGCAGCGGUCCCGCGGGUCCCCUGGGCGCGCCGCAGCCUCUCCAACCUCCUCCGCCGCCGCCGCCCCCUGAGCGCUCUGAGCCUCCACCGGACAGCCUGCGCCCGCGGCCGGCCUCGCUCUCCUCCGCCUCCUCCACUCCGGCUUCCUCCUCCACCUCGGCCUCCUCCGCCUCCUCCUGUGCCGCCGCUGCCGCCGCGCUGGCGGGUCUCUCGGCCUUGCCGGUGGCACAGCUCCCGGUGUUCGCGCCUCUGGCCGCAGCCGUCGCCGUGGAGCCGCUGCCCCCCAAGGACCUGUGCCUCGGCGCCGCCUCGGGCCCGGGGCCCUCCAAGUGCGGCGGUGGUGGAGAUGGCCGCGGUGCCCCGCGCUUCCGCUGCAGCGCGGAGGAGCUGGAUUAUUACCUGUACGGCCAGCAGCGCAUGGAGAUCAUCCCCCUCAACCAGCACACCAGCGACCCCAACAAUCGUUGCGAUAUGUGUGCGGACAACCGCCACGGAGAGUGCCCGAUGCACGGGCCGCUGCACUCGCUGCGCCGGCUGGUGAGCACCGGCAGCGCCGCGGCCGCUGCGCCCCCGCCGGAGCUGCCGGAGUGGCUGCGAGACCUGCCGCGGGAGGUGUGCCUGUGCACGAGCACCGUGCCGGGCCUGGCUUACGGCAUUUGUGCGGCGCAGAGGAUCCAGCAGGGCACCUGGAUUGGGCCCUUCCAGGGCGUACUCCUGCCCCCAGAGAAGGUGCAGGCCGGCGCCGUGAGAAACACGCAGCAUCUCUGGGAGAUAUAUGACCAAGAUGGGACACUACAGCACUUUAUUGAUGGUGGGGAACCUAGUAAGUCAAGCUGGAUGAGGUAUAUCCGAUGUGCAAGGCACUGCGGAGAACAGAAUCUAACAGUAGUUCAGUACAGGUCGAAUAUAUUCUACCGAGCCUGUAUAGAUAUUCCCAGGGGUACCGAGCUCCUGGUGUGGUACAAUGACAGCUAUACGUCUUUCUUUGGGAUCCCCUUGCAAUGCAUUGCCCAGGAUGAAAACUUAAACGUCCCCUCCACGGUAAUGGAAGCCAUGUGUAGACAGGACGCCCUGCAGCCCUUCAGCAAGAGCAGCAAACUCUCCCCAGCCACUCAGCAGCGCUCCGUCGUUUUCCCACAGACUCCGUGCAGCAGGAACUUCUCUCUCCUGGAUAAAUCUGGGCCCAUGGAAUCGGGAUAUAACCAAAUCAGCGUGAAAAACCAGCGAGUCCUUGCGAGCCCGACUUCCACGAGCCAGCUGCACUCGGAGUUCAGUGACUGGCAUCUUUGGAAAUGCGGGCAGUGCUUUAAGACUUUCACGCAGAGGAUCCUGUUACAGAUGCACGUGUGCACGCAGAACCCCGACAGACCCUACCAAUGUGGUCACUGCUCCCAGUCCUUUUCCCAGCCUUCAGAACUGAGGAACCACGUGGUCACUCACUCCAGUGACCGGCCUUUCAAGUGCGGCUAUUGUGGCCGUGCCUUUGCCGGGGCCACCACUCUCAACAACCACAUCCGAACCCACACUGGAGAGAAGCCCUUCAAGUGCGAGAGGUGUGAGAGGAGCUUCACGCAGGCCACCCAGCUGAGCCGACACCAGCGGAUGCCCAAUGAGUGCAAGCCAAUAACUGAGAGCCCAGAAUCAAUCGAAGUGGAUUAACUGAUUGACUGGUUGGA